AUGUCAACCCUCGGCGCCGCCAUUUGGUCUACAGUCGAUGACUUGGAGCCCACCACAAACAAGCUUCAUCACCAGAUUAGCCAAGUCCUCAAAACUGCCAACUUUGAGCGACUUGAAGAUGCUGCAGUUUUAGCACGCGGUGCUGAAUUUGCAAAUGUCGGUUCCGCCACUAUCAGCACGGACGCUUUCACCUUUGGGAUGAAUAAUGUCGUGUUCAAAAUCGCAUUCUCCGACGGCGUCAUCUGGAUCGCUCGGAUUUGCCAUGCCUCCGUACUGGACAACGAGAAUGCCAAAGCAGAAAGGAAGAGUAUGCUGAGUGAAAUCGCGACCCUAAGAACCCUGCGCCAGCGGACGAUGAUUCCAGUACCCGACGUCUUUGCCUUUGAGGCAUCCGCGUCAAACGCCUUUGGGUUUCCCUACAUAUUGAUGGAUUAUCUCAAAGGGAAGACAACUGGUGCCACUAUGGCAGGCCAUGUGCCAGCCAAACACAGUCCACACGUGUCAAAGCAACUGGCAGAAGUUCUGUCCCAGCUUCAGAAUCUGUCCUUUGACAAGCUAGGAAGGAUCUGGUGCGGGGAGCGCUGCGAUGGGCCCCCCGAAAUCAUCCCAAACGAGGAUACGGAAGCAGCACCGGCAGCCUCGCUUGAAUGGUUCUACAGACACAGGCAAGACCAAAACCGCAAGGCUCUCGAGGCACAUGUCCAGGAGCCCGAGUGGCGCACCGCAUGCUGGGUCCUCAAGUCGGCCAUGGCCCAAAUCAUCGUCCAGGACCGAGUGCACGGCCCGUUCCUGCUUUGUCAUUUUGACCUGCAUUAUGGAAACCUCUUAUUCGACGACGAGUACAAUCUGACGGGCGUCCUAGACUGGAGCGGUGCUGGCACGGCUCCGUUGGAGCGGCUGGCAGUCUCGCCAGAAUGGAUUACAUUUCCCGGAAUUACGGAUGAGCAGAAUCAAGUCAUUCUUGACUUUAGGGAAGCUGUCCGCGACCAUUUGCGACACCUGGAAGCGCAGUCGCCGCACUUGGCCCCCGCUGGAUCCAAAACGAUGCUUUUGGCGAUCCUGGGGACGAGGCGAUCAGACAUCACCCAUCGCUGCACAUAUAGUUUCCCGCAUCGCGCGUUGUGGGACGGCCGCUUGGUGGCCAAGCUCCUGUAUCAAGACGCUGUGUCGUGGGAGCAGUUGGUCGCCGCGCAUGGAGGCUCCCAAGUGUAUUAG